AUGGCAUACAUUAAACUAAUUCUCUCGACCUUGCUCCUCUUGGGCAUCUCUACAACUUUUGCACAAAAUGAAAGCACUGGCGUUGUAGUCUGCUACUACAGUAACUGGGCUAUCUAUCGCCCAGGAAAGGGAAGCUACACCCUCAAUGACAUUCCCGUCGAUAAGUGCACCCAUUUGAUAUAUUCAUUCGUUGGAAUCGACCAUAACUCCAAGGAGAUCAAAAUCCUUGACCAAGAGCAAGAUAUCAACAAAGGAGGUUUCAAAAAAUUCGUAGCUCUUAAGAAAUCGAACCCAACCCUUAAGACGCUUGUUGCUGUUGGCGGUUGGAAUGAAGGCUCUGCAAAAUACUCACAAAUGAGUGCUUCGAAACAAUUCAGGGAUAUAUUUGUUCGAAGCAUUUGUGCUUUGAUGAAGGAGUACAACUUCGAUGGUUUCGAUAUCGAUUGGGAAUAUCCCGGAGCUUCGGAUCGUGGUGGUGCUGCAGCUGACAAGGUAAAUUUUGUCAAAUUUGUAGAAGAACUUAGAGCUGCUUUCGAUCGUGAACAAAGGGGUUGGGAAAUCACUAUGGCCACACCAGCAGCACAAUACAGAGUCGAUGAUGGUUUUGAUGUUCCAGCAUUAUGCAAGCUAAUGGAUGCUGUGCAUGUUAUGGCUUACGACUUACGUGGAAGCUGGACCGGAUUCGCUGAUGUCCACAGUCCUUUGUACAAACGGCCAUUCGAAACAGCUGAAUACUCAUCGUUAAAUGUACACGAUGUCAUGGGCUACUGGGAGAAAAAGGGAUGUCCAGCUAAUAAACUUGUUGUAGGAGUUCCAUUUUAUGGCCGAUCUUUUACACUCUCCAGCCAGGGACAAAAUAAAAUCUUGGGUUCUCCAAUUCCCACAACCGGUAGUGGAUCGGCAGGAGCAUACACAGGCGAAGGAGGUCUCUUGGCAUUCUAUGAAAUCUGUGAUCCAAGCCAGGGAUGGACAAUGAAAUGGGAUGAUGUUGGCAAAGUUCCUUAUGCGUACAAGGGUAACCAAUGGGUUGGAUUCGAAGACGUUAAGUCUUUACAAUUCAAAAUGGAUUUCAUAAAGCAGAAGGGUUAUAAGGGUGGAAUGAUUUGGGCUGCUGAUUUGGACGACUUCCGUGGUACUUGUGGAUCAAAGCAUCCCUUGGUAUCGGUGAUGCAUCAAAAUAUGGUCAACUAUAAGGUUCCCGGAACAACAAAUACUCGCCCUAUUGCUCCAGUUCCUGCUCCAAGUAAACCUCAAGAACAACCUGCUCCUCCCAGCACUGGCAGUCAACAGAAGCCAUCGUCACCUUCAGUACCAGCUAGUGUUGAUUGUUCUUCAAGUCCUUAUGCUGCCCAUCAAGACUGUAGGAAGUUCUACCAAUGCGUUUAUGGUAAACCCGUUGAGAUGAGUUGCCAGGCCGGUCUCACUUUCAAUUCGGAAGUGUUUAUUUGCGAUUGGCCUCAGAGCAACCCCCGUCCAGAGUGCAGAGGUUGAUAAAUGGCUCCCACAUACGAAAUUUAAUAACAAAAGUAGUACAAUUUAAUACAGAUACGAGUAGUAUAGGAAAAGUAGUAAUGUUUUGAUUUCUUGAUAUUUUUUUUUAAAUACAUAAAAAGUCUUUUUAACGGAA